AUGUUUAAAUUAAUCGUCGUUUCGUUUGUGGCUAUGCAAAUGACAGCAUUUGCGGCGCCACAACAGCAAUCCGGAUCUAGCGGCGUGCAAAUCACAAGCUUGGAGAAGAAUGCCACAUCCACCGUCGGCUCUGGAAAUGUGGCGGCGGCGGGUAAUCUCACCCCGUUUGGUGAUAUCGGCGUUGGCUGCGGUAUCAACUGGAAGGCAGACACGUCUUACGGAGGUGGACUUCAAGCCGGCUCUAGCGACUUUGGCCUGGGGAGCGGGUUCACCAUGACUCCUGGAUCCAUUCGUAUCGGUGCAGGAAUUGGAAUGAAUACGGUGAACGCUAGUGCCAACAUACAGUUCACGGGUUCAAAGAAUGGUAGCGUAGAGCUCGUAUUCGAAAGCACAUCUCCCGUAGUGUGCACGCCUGGAACCAGGGAUGGCAAGUCCAUUGUAUCUUGCAAGACGAUCAAUGCUUAA